CUUUUGGUGGCAAUCAUUGGAUUCAAGUUUAUUGCUGCACUUCAAAUUUCCCCCAAAGGAAAUCCUGAGAUGCGAGACAGAUUUGUGAUUUGUUGUAUUCCAUGCUAUUCAGAAGGAGCAGAUUCGCUGAGAUGCACAAUCGAUUCCGCUGCCACAUCCAUAUUUGAAGAUUCGCGACUUCUUUUAUUUAUUAUUGCGGACGGAAUGGUGGUAGGCGAGGGAAACAGUAUGCCAACACCACAAAUUGUACUUCAAGUUCUUGGUAUUGAUGAAGACGAGUAUUUUGAUAUGUCUGAAGGAUUCCCAUUUGUGGCUCUCGGUCAAGAGCAAUUGCAAUGGAAUCAGGCAAAAGUGUUUUCUGGUUUAUAUACAAAACAGGGUCGCCAAGUACCAUUUAUUGUGGUUGCCAAGAUUGGGAGUGCAGACGAGACUCGUCAUGCAGGAAACCGUGGGAAACGAGAUUCACAGUUAAUUAUUAUGAGAUUUCUUAAUCGAGUUCAUACCAAGCAGCUCAUGUGCCCACUUGAAGUAGAACUAUAUCGGCAUUUUCAGGAAAUUAUUGGCGUAAAUCCAGCACUUUACGAGUUUAUUUUGUGGAUUGAUGCCGAUACAGAAAUAUAUCCAGAUGCCAUCAACCAUUAUGUAUCUGCCAUGGCAAGUGACUCGGCGAUUACUGGAAUCUGUGGUGAAACUAUUCUGCGAAACGAAGGUGACUCGUGGGUGACAAUGAUUCAGGUCUAUGAAUAUUUCAUUUCGCAUCAUCUUGCAAAGGCGUUCGAAUCUCUAUUUGGAUCUGUUACUUGUCUACCGGGCUGCUUUUGCAUGUAUCGAAUCUUUUCGUCCGUGUCCAAAACACCUAUUUUGAUUAAUCCCAACGUGCUCGCUGAUUAUGGUGAAAACGAAGUGAACACUCUGCAUCUUAAAAACUUGCUAACUCUUGGUGAAGAUCGAUAUUUGACAACUCUGAUGUUGAAGCAUUUUCCAAAUGGAAAGAUCAAAUUUACUGCAGAUGCACGGGCAAAAACCAAUGCACCUAGUAGUUGGUCUGUGCUGAUUUCGCAGCGUCGACGAUGGAUCAACUCAACCGUGCACAAUCUUUUGGAGCUGCUUACGCUCCACAAUCUAUGCGGAUUUUGUGUGUUUUCAAUGCGCUUUGUUGUAUUUCUAGAUUUGUUCGCCACUGUAGUCGCACCAGCCGGUGUGGUUUAUGUAGUGUAUCUUAUUGUAAGUCUAGUUACUGAUGAAGAUGCUCAAGUUCCCAUGAUCUCCAUUCUUAUGCUAGCAACCAUUUAUGGUCUGCAAGUGAUUAUUUUUGUACUCAAGCGAGAAUGGCAGCAUAUCGGAUGGAUGCUGGUCUACAUUUUGGCAACUCCUUUAUUUUCGUUUAUGAUUCCACUGUAUGCAUUUUGGCGGUUUGACGACUUUUCAUGGGGCGAUACUCGACUGGUUAUCAAUCGCGACAGAAGCAAAGGAGAAAAUGGUCAAUAUUCUCAAAAAAACUAUGAUCCAAAAGAAAUUUCAAUGCGG